AUGUUGGUAGGAUUUCUCCUAGUUUGUGCAACAGUGCUGGCAAAGGACAGUGGGAAGACCGCGCAGUGUGACGGAGACAAUGGCUACACGCUCCAGGGCGACGCGUGCACCAAGGCGGCUCCUGACAACGCGUGCCAGACCCUGGGAACCGCCGGGUGUGCCACGUGCGACUCGGGUAGCGGCGGGGAAACCUGUCUUACAUGCAAGAAGGACGCGCAAUACGUCGCGGCCAACAAGAAGAGCUGCAAGGAUGCCUGCGACACGAGCGGAGGAGAGGUAAUAGACCAGGCUGCCAGCCCGGCGAAGGUCUGCAAGUGUGACGGAGACAAUGGCUACACGCUCCAGGGCGACGCGUGCACCAAGGCGGCUCCUGACAACGCGUGCCAGACCCUGGGAACCGCCGGGUGUGCCACGUGCGACUCGGGUAGCGGCGGGGAAACCUGUCUUACAUGCAAGAAGGACGCGCAAUACGUCGCGGCCAACAAGAAGAGCUGCAAGGAUGCCUGCGACACGAGCGGAGGAGAGGUAAUAGACCAGGCUGCCAGCCCGGCGAAGGUCUGCAAGUGUGACGGAGACAAUGGCUACACGCUCCAGGGCGACGCGUGCACCAAGGCGGCUCCUGACAACGCGUGCCAGACCCUGGGAACCGCCGGGUGUGCCACGUGCGACUCGGGUAGCGGCGGGGAAACCUGUCUUACAUGCAAGAAGGACGCGCAAUACGUCGCGGCCAACAAGAAGAGCUGCAAGGAUGCCUGCGACACGAGCGGAGGAGAGGUAAUAGACCAGGCUGCCAGCCCGGCGAAGGUCUGCAAGUGUGACGGAGACAAUGGCUACACGCUCCAGGGCGACGCGUGCACCAAGGCGGCUCCUGACAACGCGUGCCAGACCCUGGGAACCGCCGGGUGUGCCACGUGCGACUCGGGUAGCGGCGGGGAAACCUGUCUUACAUGCAAGAAGGACGCGCAAUACGUCGCGGCCAACAAGAAGAGCUGCAAGGAUGCCUGCGACACGAGCGGAGGAGAGGUAAUAGACCAGGCUGCCAGCCCGGCGAAGGUCUGCAAGUGUGACGGAGACAAUGGCUACACGCUCCAGGGCGACGCGUGCACCAAGGCGGCUCCUGACAACGCGUGCCAGACCCUGGGAACCGCCGGGUGUGCCACGUGCGACUCGGGUAGCGGCGGGGAAACCUGUCUUACAUGCAAGAAGGACGCGCAAUACGUCGCGGCCAACAAGAAGAGCUGCAAGGAUGCCUGCGACACGAGCGGAGGAGAGGUAAUAGACCAGGCUGCCAGCCCGGCGAAGGUCUGCAAGUGUGACGGAGACAAUGGCUACACGCUCCAGGGCGACGCGUGCACCAAGGCGGCUCCUGACAACGCGUGCCAGACCCUGGGAACCGCCGGGUGUGCCACGUGCGACUCGGGUAGCGGCGGGGAAACCUGUCUUACAUGCAAGAAGGACGCGCAAUACGUCGCGGCCAACAAGAAGAGCUGCAAGGAUGCCUGCGACACGAGCGGAGGAGAGGUAAUAGACCAGGCUGCCAGCCCGGCGAAGGUCUGCAAGUGUGACGGAGACAAUGGCUACACGCUCCAGGGCGACGCGUGCACCAAGGCGGCUCCUGACAACGCGUGCCAGACCCUGGGAACCGCCGGGUGUGCCACGUGCGACUCGGGUAGCGGCGGGGAAACCUGUCUUACAUGCAAGAAGGACGCGCAAUACGUCGCGGCCAACAAGAAGAGCUGCAAGGAUGCCUGCGACACGAGCGGAGGAGAGGUAAUAGACCAGGCUGCCAGCCCGGCGAAGGUCUGCAAGUGUGACGGAGACAAUGGCUACACGCUCCAGGGCGACGCGUGCACCAAGGCGGCUCCUGACAACGCGUGCCAGACCCUGGGAACCGCCGGGUGUGCCACGUGCGACUCGGGUAGCGGCGGGGAAACCUGUCUUACAUGCAAGAAGGACGCGCAAUACGUCGCGGCCAACAAGAAGAGCUGCAAGGAUGCCUGCGACACGAGCGGAGGAGAGGUAAUAGACCAGGCUGCCAGCCCGGCGAAGGUCUGCAAGUGUGACGGAGACAAUGGCUACACGCUCCAGGGCGACGCGUGCACCAAGGCGGCUCCUGACAACGCGUGCCAGACCCUGGGAACCGCCGGGUGUGCCACGUGCGACUCGGGUAGCGGCGGGGAAACCUGUCUUACAUGCAAGAAGGACGCGCAAUACGUCGCGGCCAACAAGAAGAGCUGCAAGGAUGCCUGCGACACGAGCGGAGGAGAGGUAAUAGACCAGGCUGCCAGCCCGGCGAAGGUCUGCAAGUGUGACGGAGACAAUGGCUACACGCUCCAGGGCGACGCGUGCACCAAGGCGGCUCCUGACAACGCGUGCCAGACCCUGGGAACCGCCGGGUGUGCCACGUGCGACUCGGGUAGCGGCGGGGAAACCUGUCUUACAUGCAAGAAGGACGCGCAAUACGUCGCGGCCAACAAGAAGAGCUGCAAGGAUGCCUGCGACACGAGCGGAGGAGAGGUAAUAGACCAGGCUGCCAGCCCGGCGAAGGUCUGCAAGUGUGACGGAGACAAUGGCUACACGCUCCAGGGCGACGCGUGCACCAAGGCGGCUCCUGACAACGCGUGCCAGACCCUGGGAACCGCCGGGUGUGCCACGUGCGACUCGGGUAGCGGCGGGGAAACCUGUCUUACAUGCAAGAAGGACGCGCAAUACGUCGCGGCCAACAAGAAGAGCUGCAAGGAUGCCUGCGACACGAGCGGAGGAGAGGUAAUAGACCAGGCUGCCAGCCCGGCGAAGGUCUGCAAGUGUGACGGAGACAAUGGCUACACGCUCCAGGGCGACGCGUGCACCAAGGCGGCUCCUGACAACGCGUGCCAGACCCUGGGAACCGCCGGGUGUGCCACGUGCGACUCGGGUAGCGGCGGGGAAACCUGUCUUACAUGCAAGAAGGACGCGCAAUACGUCGCGGCCAACAAGAAGAGCUGCAAGGAUGCCUGCGACACGAGCGGAGGAGAGGUAAUAGACCAGGCUGCCAGCCCGGCGAAGGUCUGCAAGUGUGACGGAGACAAUGGCUACACGCUCCAGGGCGACGCGUGCACCAAGGCGGCUCCUGACAACGCGUGCCAGACAGAGAACUGCCAGGAAUGCACUAGCAAAGGCACGGCCAACGAGGUCUGUACAAAGUGUACUUCUACUCAUUACUUGACACCAACAAACCAGUGCGUACCUGACUGCGCAGCCAUCAGCGGAUACUACGGAGAUACUGACAAGAAGUGUAAGCCAUGCAGCCUUGAGUGUGCUGAGUGCGUUGGGCCGGCCAACAAUCAGUGCAGUGCCUGUCCUGCUGGCAAGAAACUGACAUAUACAGAUGACAGCCAUCCUAAUAACGGAGGCGCCUGCGGGGAUGCGUGCAAAGUGUCUGCAGAUGGCACUGGCUGUGAGACAUGUGGGGCCCAAAUAGGAGGAACUGCAUACUGCUCAAAGUGCAAGACCUCUACUCAGGCCCCCUUGAACGGCAACUGUGCGGCCAAUUCACGAGCAGCCUUCUGUGCAACAAUCACAAAUGGGGCCUGUACACAAUGCAAUGAGGGUUACUUCCUCAAGGACGGCGGCUGCUAUCAGACAGAUAGACAGCCUGGUAAGCAGGUGUGUAGUAGUGCACAGGGAGGAACAUGUCAGACGUGUGCCAACGGACUGCAGGCACAAGGUGGGGCCUGUGGGGAGUGCCAUUCUACUUGUGCUACGUGCUCGACUGCAGGUGCGGCUGAUAAGUGUAAGACCUGUGCCACUGGGUAUUACAAGACAAGCGAUAGUGAUGGCCCGUGCAUGAAGUGCUCAGAGAAGAUCUCCGGAUGCAAGCAAUGUGUGUCGUCAUCUGGCAGCUCAGUCAUAUGUUUAGAAUCAGAAGUAGGCACUGGUGGAAGCGUCAACAAGAGUGGCCUCUCCACGGGGGCCAUAGCCGGUAUCGCUGUUGCUGUGAUUGUUGUUGUAGGUGGUCUUGUUGGUUUCUUGUGUUGGUGGUUCCUGUGCAGAGGAAAGGCGUAG